CAAUUCCUCCCGGCGUGCCCCGCGGCGGGAAGAAGCCGAGCGGGUUCGAGGCCGACGCGACCCUUCUUCGUUGCCGCCGCGACCCUUCUUCGUUGCCGCCGCGCUGCCGCCGCCGCCCCCGCCGCCGCCGCUGCUGCUGUCUGAGAGAAGCCGUCGCGGCCGCUCCUGCCGCUCCCUCCGGCCACCAUGUCCGCCCAGGCGCAGAUGCGGGCCCUGCUGGACCAGCUCAUGGGCACGGCCCGGGACGGUUCAGUGUAUCUUUGCCUGCCUACAUCAAUCUGCAAGGGAGUUGCAGAAAAGCCUCAUGUUCAUCGAGCCGAGACGAAACCAGACAGAGGGUCAAGUUUACAGAUGACCGUGUCUGCAAGAGUCACCUUCUGGACUGCUGCCCCCACGACAUUCUGGCUGGGACGCGCAUGGAUUUAGGAGAAUGUACCAAAAUCCACGAUUUGGCCCUCCGAGCAGAUUAUGAGAUUGCAAGUAAAGAAAGGGACCUCUUUUUUGAAUUGGAUGCGAUGGAUCACUUGGAGUCCUUUAUCGCCGAGUGUGAUCGGAGAACUGAGCUUGCCAAGAAGCGGCUGGCAGAGACGCAGGAGGAGAUCAGUGCAGAAGUUUCCGCAAAGGCAGAAAAAGUACAUGAGUUGAACGAAGAAAUAGGGAAGCUUCUUGCUAAAGCUGAACAGCUAGGAGCCGAAGGAAAUGUGGAUGAAUCCCAGAAGAUUCUUAUGGAAGUGGAGAAAGUCCGUGCAAAGAAAAAAGAAGCUGAGGAAGAAUACAGGAAUUCCAUGCCUGCAUCCAGUUUUCAGCAGCAGAAGCUGCGUGUUUGUGAAGUCUGCUCAGCCUACCUUGGUCUCCAUGACAAUGACCGUCGUCUUGCAGACCACUUCGGGGGCAAGUUACACUUGGGGUUCAUUCAGAUCCGUGAGAAGCUUGAUCAGUUAAGGAAAACUGUGGCUGAAAAGCAGGAGAAGAGAAAUCAGGAUCGGCUGAGGAGGAGAGAGGAGAGGGAGCGGGAAGAACGACUGAGCAGGAGGUCUGGAUCAAGAACCAGAGAUCGCAGGAGGUCGCGCUCCCGGGACCGGCGUCGGAGGCGGUCAAGAUCUACCUCCAGAGAGCGGCGGAAGUCAUCCCGAUCCCGGUCCCGAGACAGACACCGGCGCCACCGAAGCCGUUCCCGGAGCCACAGCCGGGGCCACCGCCGGGCAUCCAGGGACCGGAGUUCGAAAUACAAGUUCUCCAGAGAGCGGGCCUCGAGGGAGGAGUCCUGGGAGCGCGGGCGGAGUGAGCGGGGGGCCACCGACUGGAGGCUCGAGAGCACCAACGGGAAGACGGCGUCACGGAGGUCGGAGGAAAAGGAGGCCGGCGAGAUCUGAACCCACGCCCAGGCGCUGUAAAUAGUCCGAUACAUGUUUGACACAGCCUAACGUUACCCUUUAUAUUUGCUGAAUACAACUCAUCUUUUGUAGUUUACCAUUUCUAUUGUUUUGGAGCUAGCUGUGAGUUUCUCGAGAUGUACAGAGUUGCUCCUGUGUUCUGGGUUAUGUCAAGUGGGAAUAAAUAGCCUGACAGACUGCCUCCUGAUGGCCACGGUGCCGUCUCUCCUGUCCCCGGUGCGCUAGACUUCGCCGUGGCUUCCACAGGUUGGGGGACACACCAGGGGUCAUCUGAGUUGAGCCUAGAAAUGUGACUUACCGUUGGACUCCCCUUUGACUUUUGGCGUAUGAUGCGCUGUGCACCUCCAACACCCAGACUGGCUGGGGCCGGAUGUGCCCGGCUGUCUGCUCUGUGGGCUCCACGUGUCUUUCUGAAGUCUGAGCUGCCCUCUUACCGAGGGCUGUCUGUCUGAUUUGUGGUAAGCAGCCUCAGCCUGGCACUCAAGCUCAGAUGAACUGCAGUUCCCCCUCUUGGAGUUACUUAGGGCCAAGAAAGACCCGUGAGUAGUAUCUGCAUGACAGCCAUGAGGUCCUCAGAGGAGGGCGUGCUGACUUUGGGGUCAGGUGUGGUUUGACUCACCCUUGGGGGGGCUGGUGGUGUUACCCACUCUCCCUCAGCCCUUUUGCACGUAUUGCUAAAGUGAGCCCUUCAUAAAAGUAUAACUGGGA